GCAAGCCACAAACUCCACCACCAAGCAAAUCACGUAGUCCCUCCACACACCUCGUACCUCGAUCUCGAAGCUUAAUUACUAGUUAACAUUAACAAUGGCUGCUAAUAAGCUCAAGUUCUCCCCUCUCCUUGCCCUCUUCCUCCUCGCCGGCAUAGCCGUCACCUCCCGUGCCGGCGACAUCGCCGUGUACUGGGGCCAGAACGGCGACGAGGGCAGCCUGGCCGACGCCUGCAACUCCGGCCUAUACGCGUACGUCAUGGUCGCCUUCCUCAGCACCUUCGGCAACGGCCAGACCCCUGUCCUCAACCUCGCCGGGCACUGCGAACCAAGCUCCGGCGGCUGCACCGGCCAGAGCUCGGACAUCCAGACGUGCCAGUCGCUGGGCGUCAAGGUCAUCCUGUCCAUCGGCGGCGGCGCCGGCAGCUACGGGCUGUCGUCCACCCAGGACGCCCAGGACGUGGCCGACUACCUGUGGAACAACUUCCUCGGCGGCAGCUCGGGCUCCCGGCCGCUCGGCGACGCCGUGCUGGACGGCGUCGACUUCGACAUCGAGACCGGCAACCCGGCGCACUACGACGAGCUCGCCACGUUCCUGUCGCGGUACAGCGCGCAGGGGGGCGGCAAGAAGGUGAUCCUGACGGCGGCGCCGCAGUGCCCCUACCCGGACGCGUCGCUGGGGCCGGCGCUGCAGACGGGGCUGUUCGACAGCGUGUGGGUGCAAUUCUACAACAACCCGCCGUGCCAGUACGCCAACGGCGACGCCAGCAACCUGGUGAGCGCGUGGAACACGUGGACCGGCGGCGUCAGCGCCGGGAGCUUCUACGUCGGCGUGCCGGCGGCGGAGGCCGCGGCGGGGAGCGGGUACGUGGCACCCGGCGACCUGACGUCGGCGGUGCUCCCCGCCGUGCAGGGCAACGCCAAGUACGGCGGCAUCAUGGUGUGGAACCGGUUCUACGACGUGCAGAACAACUUCAGCAACCAGGUGAAGAGCAGCGUCUGAGCUAUAGCCUCAACCUCAAGCCCCCAAGCCUGAGUAAUUAACUUACGUGACACGUAUACUUAUUACUUGCACAGUGGUUGAGUUGGACUAUAAAUAAGAGGAGAUCCGUUCAUACGCAUCUGUAAUAUAGUAGUAGUAAUAAGCAGUUAUGUAUGCACAACCCACAUGGUGUACUUUGUGUAACUCUGUGUUUGAUCAUGGGAGUGUAUUUGCCGAUAUAAAUUAAAUAAGGAGAAUGAUUUGCAUUAAGCCA